AUUUAAAAUACUUCACCUCACAUUUCACUCAAUAAUUUUACUUUUAUUGCUAUUUUGCUAAAUUACUACCCUCUUACAGUCUUACAUCACCAUCUUCCUUCUUUCCCUUCUCACUUCUCAAUUCUCCUUUGACUUGCAGCUUCUUACCUUCUUUAUAAUCAGUCCAAAUUUCUCUCCUUUCCAUUCUUCCAUUUCUUUUUUUUUCCCCAUUUUAUUAAAUAAAAAAAACCCAUUUUUCCCAUCUUAUUACUACCAAAAAUGUGUAAAUCUCAUUUCACAUAGCUUAGAUCCACUAUCAAAAUCUCAUCCCCAAAAUAAAAUAAAUGGAAAAACCAUUUUCUCCUCCUCCUCCAUUACAACCACCAUAUUACUACCUUCCUCCACCAUCACAACACCAAAAUAAUCAUCAAUCUUCAACCUUAGACAAUAAAAUUAGCCCAAGUAUAAUCUUAAUCAUAAUAAUCUUAGCAAUAAUCUUCUUUAUUUCUGGGUUACUUCAUCUUCUUGUUAGGUUCUUAUUAAGACCAAAUCAUAGAGACCCAGAUGAAUAUUUAGACAAUGUAACUGCUCUUCAAGGUCAAUUAAGACAACUGUUUCAUCUUCAUGAUUCAGGGGUUGAUCAAUCUUAUAUUGAUACACUACCCAUUUUUCUUUACAAAGCAAUUAUUGGGGUAAAAGACCCAUUUGAUUGUGCUGUUUGUUUAUGUGAAUUUGAGCCUGAUGAUAAACUUAGACUUUUACCCAAAUGUAGUCAUGCUUUUCAUAUGGAUUGUAUUGACACUUGGCUUCUUUCUCAUUCUACUUGCCCAUUAUGUAGAGCAAGUUUAUUGCAAGAUUUUGGGACCCACAACAAUCAUGGGUUUUCUCCUAUUGUUUGUGUUCUAGAAUCUUCUAGUAAUACAGUUGAAAGUUCUAGAGAGUUGGAGAGGUUUGGGGAAGGUAGAGAUUCAACUAAUUCUGGUAAUGAUGUUCAAGGGGAAUGUGAGUUUGGGUCAAAUAGAAGUGAUUUUAAUAGAAAAUCUUGUGAAAAUGGUCAAGAAAUUGGUAAAAAAGAGGAGAAGAUUGUGAUUGUGAAAUUGGGUAAGUUUAAAAAUGUUGAAGGAGGUGAAGGGAGUAGUGAGAUUGAUAAUGGAAGUAAUGGAAGUAAUGAUUUGGGUUCUAGAAGGUGCUAUUCAAUGGGUUCAUUUGCUUAUGUUUUAGAUGAAACAAGUUCAUUACAAGUUCCUAUAAGAACACCCAUGAAGAAGGAGAGGAAUGGUAAUAAAGGUAGAAUAAAACCAGGGUAUAGAGCAGUUAUGUCAGAGUAUGGGAAUGAUUCCAGGAGAGAUUUUAAUGGAAUUGAAGCUUUUAGAAGUCUUGAGAUUCAUGAAAAUGGUGGGAAGAUUAUUGGGAAUGAAAGUGGUAAGAAGGAAAGUUUUUCAAUUUCUAAGAUGUGGUCUAGAGGAGGAGAUAAGAACAAGAAAGGGAAUGGGAAUGGUGGGAAUGGGAAUGAAUUUGAGCAUUCUUCAAGGAGGACAAUUUCUGAGUUUGAGAUUGAUGUAAGUGAAUUAGGGGUUGAUGAAGAAACUCAAAGUAAUUAUAGUGUUGAUUCACUUGCUAAUCCAAUAACUACAUCAUCUUCUUCAAGAAGAACUUUGCUUUGGAUUAUGGGAAGACAAAACAAGAUUGUUCAUAAUAAUUCCUCUUUUUCAUCAAAUAUUUAGUCAGAGUUAGAGUCAACACCCAGUAUUCUAAGAACGAGGAUAGCGAACAUAUCAUAUCCGUGUCAUCUCCAAUGAAAGAACAGAAAGAAAUAGGCGCAAUCUGUUUAUCUCCAAAUAAUUAGUCUAAUCCUUUAUUUAAAGGUAUUUUUUCCUUCCUCUUAUCCUCAUUUGAACAAGUUGCUUGGUCUAUCUACUCAUAAAAUAGGAAAAGGAAAACCAAGGAAAGGUGUUUUGUUGUUUGUAUAAGAAAUUGGAAUGAAAAGGGAAUGAUAAUAGAAUAGGAUACUUAAUUUUGUGAAUGUGAUUUGCAAAUAUGAAUUUAAAUUUUUAAUUUUGUAUUAUGUAUAAAGAUCAUAUCAUUAUGUUUCAA